UUACCCAAAAGCACAAAGCCAACAAGGGUACGCAGAGAGAGAGAGAGAGAGAGAGAGAGGAUAUAAAGGCAGGGGAAGGGCCAAAGAAACAAAAAAAACAGAAGGUGACAAGGAGAUCACAAGACUCACACUCCCUGCACCCUUCUUUGUUUUCCUUUAUAUCAACCUCUGCCACCCGUGGCCACUUCAUUAAUAAAUAGAGUUGGGAAUGGCGUGUUGGUUGCGAAGGAGGAAGAGCGGGGAGAGGGAGAAGGGAGGAGAAGAGAAGAAGAAGGUGGUGCUGGACGGGACGGAGAUAAGGGAGUUGGUGGAGAACAAGGAGGCCUUCACCAGCUUUGUCGAGCACAAGUUCCAGGAGCUGGACGUCAACCGCGACGGCAAGCUCUCAGUCGAGGAGCUCCAGCCCGCCGUUGCCGACAUCGGCGCCGCGCUCGGCCUCCCGGCCCAGGGCAUCUCGCCGGCCUCCGACCGCAUCAACUCUGAGGUUUUGAAUGAAUUCACACAUGGAAAGCAAGAAGUAGUGAGCAAGUCUGAGUUCAAGGAGGUACUUUCUGAUAUUUUGUUGGGCAUGGCAGCUGGGCUUAAAAGGGAUCCUAUCGUGAUCUUGAGGAUCGAUGGAGAAGAUCUGAAGGAGUUUGUUGAGAGCCCAAGAUUUGAACCAGAGGCAAUUGCCAUAUUCUCACAGGUGGAGUCAGCAAAUGAGCCUCUCCACAAGUGCUUGACAGUGGGUCUUCAACAACUCAGGGUGGAGCAUGGCAUGCCACCAGCUUCUGACUCUUGGGUCAUAAGCAACAUUGUGGAGCCUGCAUUACAAUCACUUUCUACUGACCGGCUUGAACAACCAGCUUCUCAAGAGAUCUUCUUAGAAGAAUUGAAGAAACUUUUGAACAGCAUCAUCCAACACCUUCGAGCGCAUCCUAUCAUUGUUGCCCACAGUGAAAACACCUUCGAUGGGAGUGGCAUCAAGAGACUAUUGUCCAACAAAUUUGAAUUGGAAAAGUUGCUGGAUUCAGUGUGGAGAGACCUACCGAAGGAUCACCAUCACAAAACAUCAAAGGACUAUCUUCGUGUUGCGCUCGAUGGGAUGGCUUCUUCUGCAGGCUUACCUCCUUAUGGUGCUGUUGAUCAGGUUGAUGCUAUCGCGAAUGACGCCUUCAAAAUGGUAAAUGCAGACGAUGGGAAGAUUGUGGACGAAGCGGAGUUCAAGAAAACAUUAACUGAGAUUCUUGGGAGCCUCAUGCUGCAGUUGGAGGGCAACCCAAUAUCUGUUUCAUCCAACUCAGUGGUUCAUGGACCUCUAGAGUAUUCAUCUACCUUCUUUCCUCCAUCGUCAUUGUCGAGUUCACAAAGCCAAGGUGAAUAACCUAGAUCAAUAAUAAAAGAACGAACAACAAUUACAUCAAGCCCUUCAUAGAAGUCAUCUAAUUUCCUUAAUAUUAAUGAGUAGUUGAUGAUACGCCGUAUUUGUCUCCUCAAUCCAUACUCUCCUUUUCCCACAUUUUUAGGGCAGAAAAUUAUAAUACAUAUAUGUUUGUUAGG